AUGUCACGUGAUAUCCCCCUAAACACCGUCCCAUGUCUUCGCCGCAAAGCGGCCGCUUUCCAACAGUUAGUCAUGUCUCAAAACCAGAACGACAAUGGGGCCCCGCCGUCGCCGGCCCCGUCUAGUCCACGGUCUUUCCCACAGUACGCAGUAGACACGGAAAUUGUCACUACUGAGGGCAAUGACCAGUACCGUUCGAGCAGCGUGCCGAUCUACCAAACCGCUACCUUCAAGCAGGAGUCACUUUCGAAUAUGGGUGAAUACGACUAUACCCGGAGCGGCAAUCCCACGCGGUCGCACUUGGAGCGUCACUUGGCGAAAAUCAUGCAUGCUGGUCGCGCUCUGGCUGUGUCAAGUGGCAUGACUGCGCUGGAUGUGAUCGCCCGUUUGCUGCAGCCCGGAGAAGAAGUCAUUGCUGGCGACGACCUGUACGGCGGAUCCAAUCGCCUGUUGAAGUACUUGAGAGUUAACCAGGGCAUAAUUGUGCACCACAUUGAUACCACAGAUGUCGAUGCCGUCAAAAAGACUGUAAACUCCAAGACUCGCAUGGUUCUACUGGAGUCCCCCACAAACCCGCUUAUCAAGAUUUGCGACAUCGAGGCAGUGGCUACCGCUACUCAUGAGGCCGUCCCGGAGUGCCUUGUUGUUGUCGACAACACUAUGAUGAGUCCUAUGAAUAUGAGACCGCUUGAUCUGGGUGCAGACAUCACCUACGAAUCAGGCACCAAGUUUUUGUGCGGUCACCACGACUUAAUGGCGGGUGUUUUGGCCGUCAAAGAUCUGGUGCUUGGAGAGCGACUGUUCCAGGUCAUCAAUGCUUCAGGAUGUGGCCUUUCACCUUUUGAUUCCUGGUUGCUGCUGCGGGGUAUCAAGACUCUGGCGGUCCGCUUCGAGAAGCAGCAGAACAACGCCGAGAGAAUCGCCGCGUUCCUCAAGUCGCACAACUUUGAAGUCUAUUAUCCCGGCCUCGAGUCACACCCGGGCUACAACGUGCACACCAAGCAGUCGCUGGGCCCUGGUGCUGUUCUCUCUUUUAGAACACACGACUUGCCGCUGUCUGAACGCAUUGUCGAGUCUACCAAACUAUGGGGCAUUUCCGUAUCGUUUGGCUGUGUAAACAGUCUCAUCUCGCUGCCUUGCAAGAUGUCGCACGCAUCAAUUGACCCCAAGGAGCGGGCUGAACGGGAUUUCCCCGAGGACCUUAUUCGCUUGUGUGUUGGUAUUGAGAACCCACAAGAUCUUAUCGAUGACUUACUGGCCGCAAUGGUUAAAGCAGGAGUCGAAAUGAAAAAAUAG